AUGUGCAAGCGAAGCAGCCGCAAGGUUCAAGAAUUGUACGACCCGAUCAAGACUCAGCCUAUUAUCCAAGAGAAGAGCGAUGCCGAUACCGCUGCAAUGAAGACGCCUCCAAAAUCAUCUUCUAUCGCCGGUAAGCCCACGGGGCUGUGUCAGUACCCAGAGCGCUUCAAACAAGCUCAAGUACGCGGUCUAUGCUGCCGUCACGGUGGCUAUCGUACGUGCAAGAUUGAUAAUUGCAGCCUCAGAGCAAUCGCGCAGAGUCUGUGUCGCAGUCACGCAGUGAAGUGCCAGGUUGAUGGAAGUUUACUGCUGCAGGCUGUAAAGGAUUCUGUAGCAGACAUGCUCGAGAACAAGGCAUUAAAGCCAAGAGGUGCCACAAUUUCCAAAUGGAGCAUGGUUAUUGUCACGAUCAUCAAGCAGAAGACAAACGCGGCGUCAGCGAAUGCAGACUCAUCAAAAAACGAGCUAACGACGUUUUCAACCGAGUUAGCUGACCUGCGUUCGCAACUUUCCAGCAACACGUCCACAGCUUAACCAAGCAGAUUUGGUCUAAAGCGCACAGGACACAAGACCUGUUGUGUCAAAUGGUACAGGGAGUGGGUCAUGGGAAAUGGAUACUGCCACGUUCACCAAGGUAUUCACGCGGUUCGAGGCGACAGUUUGGCUCCAAAAGACGAAGCCACCCCGCUAUCCUGAACUCGCUUGGCAGAUAGCAGUCCUGUAAGCAACAACGACUACGGAGACCGCAGUAGUGGCUUAACUUUUAACAAGUAGCAUCAUCACCAGUUUAAUACUAAAAGUGAGAAUAUCUUCAUCCUAAUAUUUUCUACUAGUACAGAGAUCACAGUCAUCACACC